AUGGCUCUCUCAGCAUCAUUGAAGUCUCGAGGAGUCUCACAGUCCGGAUCAUCACGCCGUUACGACUACCUAACUACCAUGAACGUCCUUCUCAUUCUGGCCGCUGUUCUGGCUGUCUCCUAUGCUCGAGACUGUGGACACACAACGGAAACCCCAACGUCCAACCCCACUGAAGCCCCGACUACACUACAAAUACCUACAACAUGGCCUGAAGGAUCCUUUGCUCUGCCUCAGACCAACGAUGGCUGUCCUGGUAGUGAGUGGAAGGAUGGAGCUUUCUAUCAAGACACUGAAGAUUAUCACAACGUAAAUACCUGGAACACCACCAAUAUGAGCGGCAUUAAGAAGAAAGACGGAUAUUUAAAUACUUACUGCAUCAUGGAGGGCACCACUGCCAGAUCUGGGAGUUGGCCUGCCGGUACCUACUGCAUCUUGAGGAAGAACGGCGUCUGCCCAGGAGGUUUCCAGGAAGGUUCCCUUCUUUGGGAUGAUGAGAACAACUACAACAUGAACCAUGUCUCAGGCCAGAGCACCCUCCCCGAUGGUGAGUUCAACAAAGACACCAAGCUGUUUUAUUGUUGCCGAGAGGAUGCUUCUCCAGCUCAAGAGAUAGCCUUGCCAACAUCUGCCCCCUUCUACCUCCUGAUGAAGACAGGCGUGUGUCAGAGCGUCGCUGGGAUGUCGGUGACAGUGGAGACGAUGUUUUGGGAUGAUGAAGACACCAACAACCACAAUGCCAGAGAAGGAUCCACUCCCUUUCAAACUGGAAGUCCUGCCAACAUUCAUCUCAACUACUGCUACUACUCUCCUACAACACUGUAAAUUGUUUAAGAAUGUAAUCAAAAGGCUUGAGAGAGGUGUAUUCUGCACUGUAAUAAAUGAUAUAUUUUUCAA